AUGGAAAGCCCUAUUACCUUCCUUAACAAUAACUUUGAUAACUUAAGAUUAUAUGAUGAUUCUCAUGAAAUAUCAGUAAAAAGAUAAUACAAUUAGAAAUUGAAUGAAUCAGAGGGAAACUUUUCGAGUAGUUUAGGUUCCGCUGAUAGUCAAACGUCAACUAUUUAUUCAUUGAAUAAUUCUCCUUAAAAAGAUUAUAAUAUAAUAUACGGUGGAAGCAACGACAACAUCUUGGAAGAAUCCUUCACCCAGGAUAGACCUGAUGUUUGCGAGACUAAGCCAAAAAGUCAGCGUACGCUAGAGUUCCUAGUUGAGGCCGAAGAAGAGAUGCUAUCAAUUUGGAAAAGUUCGACUAAAAAAGCCAUAGUCAAGCCAAUAAUAUAAAACUUAUAAUAGACGACUUGCAAACAAAACUAACAAAAUAUUUAAGCAAGUUCACUUAUCAAAUAAGAGAGUUAAAACACACAUGACGACGACUACACCUUACAAAAUGCUUAAUGGCAUUAUGAGAGUGAGUAUUUAAGGCAAGAAGUGCCUGAAAGACCUAGUAAUCCAGUACCCUCAAGGAGUGCACAAAUAAAUUAUUAUUCUCAAAAUCCAGUGAUGCAUGAUUUCAAUCAACAACUCCCAUAAUAUUAGCAAAUAUACUACCAAAGCUUUGAGGACUUUAAUCAGUAUUGCGAAAGUGAUUUAAUCAGUGACCAAACCAAUUAAUAAGACAAUUUCUAUACAGCCAACUUUUAGACUUAACAAUAUAGUUAAGAUCAAGCCUUCUUCAAUUACUAAUACUAGCAACUUCAAUUCUCGCAGCAAAAUUAAAUGAAUGGUUUUUCGCCUUUUUAUUACACUAGCUUCUAGAAUGAGGAGUCGUAGAAUUUUUACAAUUAUACAUAAACCAUUGACCAUUAAUAACAAUAAUUAUGA